CCGGAGCCGGAGGCCGAGGGAACGUCAACAGUUACUUUCUCGCGGGAAGACACAUGACUUGGUUCCCAGUCGGCGCGUCUAUGUUUUCCAGCAAUAUCGGCAGUGAACACUUCAUUGGAUUGGCCGGAGUCGGGGCAGCCUCUGGGACUGCCAUGAUUCUUUAUGAAUGGAGUUCGAUGCCGCUGAUGUUCCUCCUUGGGUGGAUAUUCCUGCCUGUGUAUAUAUCAUCAGGGGCCUACACCCUGCCCGAGUACAUAGAGAAGCGAUGUGGGGGGCGACGACUGAGACUCUACCUCAGCUGUCUGUCUCUCUUCAUGUAUGUCGUCACCAAGCUCUCUGUGAGUAUCUAUGCAGGCGCCUUGUUUAUUAAACUGGCUCUCGGCUGGGACAUGUACAUAUCAAUAGCCGGGCUCCUGCUCGUGACAUCGGUAUACACGAUCCUAGGUGGACUGACCGCCGUCAUCUACACAGACACCUUUCAGACAGUCGUCAUGGUCAUCGGCGCCGUUGUCUUGACCGUCAUAGGCUUUCACGAAGUGGGAGGUUUGGAGAGGUUGGAGGUGAUGUACAUGAACUCGACGCCGAGUGUUGGUAUUAACGAAAGCACGACAUGCGGCAAACCUCGUGAGGAUGCAUUUCACAUCUUCCGUGACGCCGUCACUGGCGAUCAGCCGUGGCCAGGACUGCUCAUCCAGAGUUCACUGGGGUGUCUCUGGUAUUGGUGCUGUGAUCAGGUGAUAGUACAAAGGACAUUGGCUGCGAAAAGCCUGUCUCACGGCAAGGCUGGGGCUCUGAUGGCGGGCUACCUCAAGUUCCUUCCUCUCUUCCUCAUGGUGUACCCUGGGAUGAUCAGUCGCGUCCUUUUCACAGAUAGUGUGGGGUGCGUUAAUAAGAAAGAGUGCGAGCGCUACUGUGAAAACCCGCUGGGUUGUACAGACAUUGCCUACCCAAAACUGGUGCUUGAAAUUUUACCGACCGGUCUUCGGGGCCUCCUGAUGGCGGUGAUGCUGUCGGCCAUAAUGAGUUCGCUGACGUCCAUAUUCAACAGCUCCAGCACCCUCUUCACCAUGGACCUGUGGCGACGCAUGCGCCCAAGAGCCAACCAACGAGAACUCCUCAUCGUUGGAAGGUGUUUUAUCUUGGUUAUGUGUGCUGCGAGCAUUCUGUGGAUUCCAUUGGUCCGUUCGUCUCAGAGAGGGCAGCUGUUUAACUACAUCAAUGCAAUGCAGGGAUACCUGGGGACGCCUACAGGCAUACUCUUCUUGUUUGCAGUUCUCUGGAAGAGGACCAAUGAAAAUGGUGCGUUCUGGGGCAUCAUAAUAGGCAACGUUUGCGGUAUGAUACGCCUUGCGUUGGACAUUGUUUAUCCAGCGCCACCUUGCGGCCAGCCUGAAACUCGGCCGGAAGUGGUAUACCUCGUCCACUACACGUACUUCAGCUGUCUCAAUAUGGUGAUCACUGCGGCCGCCAUCAUUAUCUUCAGCCUGCUGUCCAAGAAACCUUCGGAACAACAGCUGAAAAAUGUGACCUUUUGGACAAAGCUCAAGAUGUCGGAAGAUCCUUCCAAGAAAACAGACGGUGACAACGAGUAUGCUAACCCCAUGACUGUUGCUACAGAAGAUGACGAGGAUCCGACUGAACAGAUUCAAGAAGGCCGGUGCCACAAGCUGUUUGACUUUGUGUGUGGAAUCCCGACAACUCGUAACACGAAAUCUCACGAGUUCACGGAGGAGGAAAAGCGAGACUUCCUGCGCGAGGAUCCAAAAUGGCAGACGAUUCUGAACGUCAACGCUCUUGUAGGCAUAGCGGUCAUGGCGUUUCUGAUGGGCUUUUUCCACUAGUGACGUAAAGCACUGUGAAACAAAACUUUGAUGCUUGUGUAGGUCAAUGUGUUAGCAAAUAUUAUCACAAAUGACCAUUUAACUAUCACGGUUCUUUUUAAAAUAUAUCCUGUGUUUGUGUCUGUUUAGAUAUAUUUGCAUUAGCCAGAAUGCUGUUAAAUUAUAAAACAGCCUUUAUAUACACGUGUGUGUGUGUGUGUGUGUGUGUGCCGAAGAAAUUGAUAUCAAUUUCUUCGGUUCAUAAAGCAUGAUAUUGCCUGAAAUGUGGUCAGUAAUUGUUUUAUUACAUAAUGUUAUCCAUAACACUCGUACAUUCCUGCUUAGUUUAUCAGAAUACGCCAAUUCUUACAACUUUCGCAAUACGUUAAAACUGAUGGGAUUUAGUGAUGUCAUGUAAUCCUAUGACGUUGUAUGACAAGCAAAGGAAUGCGGAAAUAAAGAGUUGAAAACAUUACCAAGACAAAAAAUAAAAUUUGAGACAGUAUAACCGAUUACCUCAAAAUGCAUUUUUUAAUUGUAACAUAAAAGCCUGAGCAGGGGCGUAGCCAGAAAAUGUUUAGCAUUACGCACGCCGUGGAAAUUUUGAAACUCGACACUACUGUAUAUAAAAUUCUGAGCCUUUUCUGAGGCUUUUUUUUCUAUCUUUUUUCGAGUCAAUUUUAAGAGAAUAUUUUAUAGAACAAUUAUAGACAGCCUCGACCUAUUCCCGGAUUUUUAAUGAGCCUUUGCUGAGAGUGCCGAUUCCAACUGCAUUUUGAUGUAUCAUGUACGUUUCCAAAUCUGCGAGAUAUUCCUUACACAAUUUCACGAUUACUGAUCUGGUCUUUGUCGUAUUUACGGAAUUAAACUCAGUAUGAAUAAAUAUGUUAUCUUUUUGUUGAAGGACAGCAAAGCGUUUU